AUGGAGAAGGGCGAGGAGGUGGUGUCGGCAAUGGAGAAGGGCGAGGAGGUGGUGUCGGCAAUGGAGAAGGGCGAGGAGGUGGUGUCGGCAAUGGAGAAGGGCGAGGAGGUGGUGCCGCCCUUGGACGAGGUGCCGCUCACGGACGAGGAUGUGGUGGUGGAGGAGCCCCACAACGACAAGUGCCAGAACUAUGGGCACUACCAUGAGGUUGGGCCAACUUACUUCUGCAAGAUGAUCCUUGCCCCGAAGAUGGAGUGCCUGCCUAUGCCCCUGGACUUCACAAAGCACUUCCCCGCCGUGCGGACGGAGCUCAAGCUGAAGACAAACACCGACUGCGGACGGAGGGUCACUGUCCGGCUGAUGAACGACCGAGUCACCCUCGAUCGGGGUUGGGCCCCCUUCGCCGUCGUCCACCAGAUCAAGAUCCGGUUCAUGGUGACCUUCAAGUUGCUGGUUACCGACACCCCGAAGCUGACCGUCUUCAACGACGACGUCAUUGAAGUGGUGACCAAGUGCGGGAGGCACGACAACGCCUUCGCCGUGAACGUCUAG